CGUAUGGUAAACAUGGCGGCCAUGAUUGUUGGCGUGGACGAAUUGGUUAAAUCUGUUUCACUCCACAAUUAUCGCCACAUUCUCCUGCAUGGCUACACGGGACCUUUUAUUGUAUUUUAUUUAGUUUGGUUUUACAUGUGGGCUGCUAUUUAUGGCAUAAAUGAGAAUUUUGAAGCAGGAAUGAUUGCAUUAGCGUGCAUGGGACUUAUCCAAAUCCUGACAUGUCUGUUUUGCCAGUGGUCGGUACACAUUCGGUGCCUUCUCGGAUGUAGUAAGGAGAAAGAUCCAUGGAAAGCAUCCUUAGUAAAAGUUGUUCCAACUCCAAACAAUGGAUCACCAGAGCUUGUAAAACUCCAUCAUGACCAGGGAGAUGGUGAAAAAGGAGGACAAGUAUGGUUUGUUUUUCAGAAAACAAAAUAUGUAUAUGAACCAAACAAAAAGUGUUUUCAAGGGUUAGAAUUUCCUGUUGCUUUACCAAUGCUAUGCUACCAGGAAUGGAAGGGUUAUCAAGAAGAUUCUGAAAUAGCAGCAGCAGAACGAAAGUAUGGGAAAAAUGAAUUAGAAAUGGUUGUUCCUGAGUUCAUGGAGUUGUUCAAGGAGAGAGCUACCGCACCAUUUUUUGUCUUUCAAGUUUUUUGUGUGGGAUUAUGGUGUCUUGACGAAUAUUGGUACUACAGUGUAUUCACCCUGUUUAUGUUAAUUGCUUUUGAGUGCACCCUUGUUCAACAACAACUGCGGAAUCUUUCAGAAAUCCGAAAAAUGGGAAAUAAGCCACACAUGAUUCAGGUAUACAGAAAUAGGAAGUGGCGUCCAAUUAUUAGCUGUGAUCUUAUUCCAGGAGAUAUUGUUUCCAUAGGAAGGUCACAACAUGAUAAUUUAGUUCCAUGUGAUUUACUGCUGUUGCGAGGUCCCUGUAUUGUAGAUGAAUCAAUGCUAACAGGAGAAUCGGUUCCCCAGAUGAAGGAACCUAUAGAGAACCUAGAACCUCAUCAGCAUUUAGAUAUUGAAGCAGGUGGAAGGUUGCACGUUCUUUACGGAGGAACCAAAGUACUUCAACACACACCUCCCACUAAGACUAGCCCAGGACUCAGAGCUCAAGAUAAUGGAUGCAUUGCAUAUGUUUUGCGUACAAGCUUCAACACCUCCCAAGGAAAACUCCUGAGGACGAUACUGUUUGGUGUGAAACGAGUAACAGCCAAUAAUCUAGAAACCUUUUGCUUUAUCUUAUUUCUCUUGGUGUUUGCCAUUACAGCAGCUGGUUAUGUGUGGAUAAAAGGCACAGAAGAUCCAAAUAGGAAUAGAUAUAAGCUGUUCCUAGAAUGCACUUUGAUUUUAACUUCUGUUGUUCCCCCUGAACUCCCCAUAGAGCUGUCGCUGGCUGUCAACACAUCUUUGCUAGCUUUGUCCAAGCUAGCUGUAUACUGUACCGAGCCAUUCCGAAUUCCAUUUGCAGGAAAAACUGAAAUCUGUUGUUUUGAUAAAACAGGAACUUUAACUAGUGAUAACCUUGUGGUUGAAGGAAUAGCAGGUUUGAAGGAAAAAGAGACAAUUUGUGCCAUAUCUGAUACUCCAAUAGAAACCAUACAGAUUUUGGCCACUUGUCAUUCCUUAGUACAAUUGGAGGAUGGUAUGGUUGGAGAUCCUUUAGAAAAAGCAACUCUGACUGCUAUAGAAUGGACAUUGACCAAAGGUGAUGCUGUUAUACCAAAAAAGGGCAAGUCACCAGGAAUAAAAAUCUUCCAUAGGUUCCAUUUUUCCAGUGCCCUCAAACGGAUGUCAGUUAUUGCUGGGUAUACAACUCCUGGGUCUUCAGACACUAUUUACAUUGCUACUGUAAAAGGAGCCCCAGAAACAUUGCGGCCAAUGUUUGAUUCAGUUCCUGUUAGCUAUAAUGAUACUUACCUAGAGAUGGCCAGACGUGGAGCUCGCGUCUUAGCAUUGGGUAGGAAGACUUUGGGAUCUCUUUCUCAUCAGCAGGUUAGAGACAUGACACGAGAAUUUGUGGAAAGUCAUUUGGAGUUUGCAGGAUUUGUAAUAAUUUCUUGUCCUCUGAAAUCAGACUCUAAAAACAUCAUCCAAGAAAUUCAACAAGCCAGUCAUCAUACAGUGAUGAUCACAGGAGAUGCUCCACUCACAGCUUGUCAUGUAGCUCGAGAACUUCGUUUCACCAAACAUGAGAAGACACUUAUAUUGAGUGCAUCAGAAAGAGAAGAUUCAACAUGGCAAUGGAUUUCAAUAGAUCAAACUGCCAAAUUCCCAGCUAUUCCAGAAGGAGGACAUAGAUUUCUAUACAGAUCUUACGAUUUAUGUUUAACUGGAGAAGGAAUGAAUUAUCUUCAUUCACUUGAUUCAAAGUUCUUUAAUCAACUUCUUCCACACAUACGAGUAUAUGCCAGAGUGGCCCCAAAACAAAAGGAAUAUGUAAUUACCACCUUGAAGAGUCUGGGUUAUAGUACUUUAAUGUGUGGAGAUGGAACCAAUGAUGUUGGAGCACUGAAGCAUGCCCACGUUGGUGUGGCAUUGCUGAGCACCUCUCCAGAACAACCUUUAGAAAAGAAGAAGGCUCGUGAGACAAGUAAAGCAAAUACUGGGGAUGGAGAGCCAUCUAGUGGAUCCAUUUCUAACAAACUUGAAGCUAUGGCUGCUAAAGGAAAAGUUGGGAAAAGAUCAGAAAAUAAAUCAAGAACACCAAGCAGGGCUGAAAAGAUGGAAAACACCCAGAAACAGCUUCAAAAGAUUCUGAAAGAGAUUGAAGAACAAGAGCAAGCUCAUAUUGUAAAGCUGGGGGAUGCCAGUAUAGCCGCACCAUUCACAGCAAAAAUGUCUUCUAUUGAAUGCAUUUGCCAUGUGAUAAAACAAGGACGUUGUACCCUGGUGACAACACUACAAAUGUUCAAAAUUCUGGCUUUAAAUGCACUCAUCUUGGCAUAUAGUCAGAGUGUUCUGUACCUUGAAGGGAUCAAGUUUAGUGAUGCCCAGGCUACUUUACAAGGUCUGCUACUGGCAGGUUGUUUUCUCUUCAUUUCUCGUUCAAAGCCUCUAAAAAGACUAUCUAAAGAACGUCCUCUGCCCAACAUCUUCAACAUAUAUACCAUACUGACUGUUCUUCUUCAAUUUGCUGUCCAUUUCUCAUGUUUAGUACACCUAGUGAGAGAAGCUACCUCAAGGUCUCCUCCUCGAGAGGAAUCGUUUCCAGACCUUGAGAAAGAGUUCAAGCCAAACUUACUUAACAGCACUGUCUACAUUAUUUCUGUGGCCUUGCAAGUGUCAACAUUUGCAAUUAAUUACAGGGGCCAUCCGUUUAUGGAAAGCUUGACAGAGAACAAACCAUUAAUGUACAGCCUUGGAAUAUCUGGCUUGGCUAUCCUUGUCUUAGUUAAAGGAAUGAUGCCAGAUUUUUCUAAUCAAUUUGAAAUUGUAGAAUUUCCUAAAGAUUUCCAAGGAGAAUUACUCCAAGUCCUCGGAGUGGAUUUAUUAGCUUCAUUUGUAGUUGACCGGGUGUGUUUAUUCCUUUUCAGUAAAGGAGAACUACGUGAACUCUGAUUGCAAAGACAGUAGAAAAUGAUAAAUUCCACAUUCAAGACCUUUGUUUAGGCCUAGCUAAAUAACAGAUUUUGGUGGAUUUUUCAUCAUUUAAGGAUUUAUAUAUAUAUAUAUAUAUAUAUAUCUGAUUCCAUUUCAUAUUUCAGAAAUAAUUUCUUUUAUUUAUUUGGAAUGUAAAAACAAAUUAUUAAAGUAGCUAUGCAGCUGUGUUUACAAAAAGACAACAACUACAUGAUAAAUAUAAGAGCAUUCUUUUGUAAAGAAAAAUAAAGCAACUUCACAUUUCUGUUU